GGCUGUGUUUUUUGUGUGUGAUGGCAACUUCACUUCUAGGGGAGGAGCCGAGGUUGGGAUCGACUCCUUUAGCCAUGUUAGCUGCAACAUGCAACAAAAUCGGGAGUCCGAGCCCUUCGCCGUCCACCAUUUCGGAUAAUUCUUCCUCGUUCGGGAAAGGCUUCCACCCGUGGAAAAGGGCCGCCGCCGCCGCCGCCGCCAGCAGCUGCAGCCUGGGCUCCGGCCUAUCCGGCUUCGGGGUGUCCCGCAACGGCUCGGGGAUCUCGGAAUCGUUCAGCUCCAGCGGCUCGACGGGCUCCAGCGCCUUCUCCCUCACGUCCGGCGCCUCGUCCGGAUCCCACUUUGGCAACGACUACUCGGUGUUCCAAGCGUCGGUGUCCAACGGCUCCCAGGAGUCCGGCCACCAGCCGGUGUUCAUCUCCAAGGUGCACACGUCCGUGGACAGUCUGCAGGGCAUCUACCCGAGGAUGAGCGUGGCGCACCCCUACGACUCCUGGUUCAAGUCGUCUCACCCCGGCAUCCCCUCGGGAGAGGUGGGGACCACGGGGGCAUCGACCUGGUGGGACGUGGGAGCCGGCUGGAUUGACGUCCAGAACCCCAACGGAGCAGCACUACAGACGUCGUUACAUUCCGGUGGACUGCAGACGUCCUUGCAUUCUCCCCUGGGCGGAUAUAAUUCUGAAUAUUCCAAUUUAAGUCACUCUGCCUUCAGUACUAACCCCUCUCCGCACCUGUUGACCACCGGCCAGCACCUGAUGGAUGGCUUCAAACCGGUGCUCUCCUCUUAUCCGGACACGAGCCCAUCUCCGCUGACCGGCGCGGGGGGCACCAUGCUCUCCGGGGCUCCCCCGGCCUCGCUAGCGGCGUCCCCGCGUUCGUCUGCGCGGCGCUACUCGGGCAGAGCCACCUGCGACUGUCCCAACUGUCAGGAGGCAGAGAGACUGGGACCGGCUGGCGCCAGCCUGCGGAGGAAGGGCCUCCACAGUUGCCACAUCCCCGGCUGCGGGAAGGUUUACGGGAAAACGUCUCACCUCAAGGCGCACUUGCGCUGGCACACCGGCGAGCGGCCGUUCGUGUGCAACUGGCUCUUUUGCGGCAAGAGGUUCACGCGCUCCGAUGAGCUCCAGCGACACUUGCGCACGCACACCGGGGAGAAGAGGUUCGCCUGCCCGGUGUGCAACAAGAGGUUUAUGCGCAGCGACCACCUGAGCAAGCACGUCAAGACUCACAGCGCCGGGGGGUCGGCGGGCUCGGGCUCCGGGGGGAGCGGGGGCAAGAGGGGGAGCGACACCGACAGCGAGCACAGCGCGCCGGGGAGCCCCCCGUGCCACUCGCCGGACCUGUUGCACUCGGCCGAGGCCAGGCAGGGCGUGGUGGGCAUGAACGGCCUCUAACUCCGUUCCAAGCGCAAACGUUGCGGGGGUGGUCUGCGAGGACGUGACACUGGUGGACUUUAUUGUACUUCGUGCGCAAUCUUCCAUGGCGAGAGUCGUUCAAAAUAGGAAAACUGGCCUGUGCGUUUCUCAAUAAGGACACUGAAGUUAAGGUGUGCGCAAUGGUCCAAAAAAAACAAACAAACAAACAAACGAAAAAAAAAGAAAACUUUUCUAACUUUCUGUGGCAUGAAGAGUACACCACUUUGGUCGAGGUUUCGUUUAAAAGUCAGACCAUUUUAUUUUAAUUGCAUCCUACACUUCGGUACGCAACAUGCAUCAUAAGUGCCCCAAUAUGGAACAUACUCUGGUGUAAGCACGUCGUGUGCCAUUCCUUAAGAAA